GGGGCAAUAGUCACACCAAAUGGAUGCAUGAGAUGAAGGAUAAGAUGUUGGAAGAGUCGGAACAAACCAUAGCAAUAGUGGGAUGGGGUAAGGGUUCAGAGUUGGCCGCUUUCAAGUACCCUCAGGCGGCUGUCAAUGUGGAGCCCAUCGGCGUAUGGCUCGCGGGAUAUGUACUCGAAAUCAAGAAAAAGAUUGGAAUGAAGAUUAAAAUCUGGGGAAUUGGUCUCGGAUUAGGCGCUCAUCUCAUGGGAAUCGCCGGUAGAAACAGUGCCGUCAAAAACUGUGCCUCUUUUGCGAGGAUUACUGGUUUAGACCCGUCGGGACCGGGAUUUGACAAAAUAAACGACAAGAAUAUGUUACGCAAAACGGAUUCGCAGUUUACUGAUGUCAUUCAUACGGAUAGUUACCACAAAUUCCGAUCACCAGAUCUGUUAUCAUUGAUCAAUCAUUACGGGACACUCAGACCAUUGGGUUCUUUGGAUAUAUACGUGAAUUACGGUUACGAUCAGCCAAAUGCCGGUGACUUCACGUGCGCUGGCAAUCAUUUGCGAGCCGUUGAGCUGUUUAUGUGGAGUAUUGAGAAUGAAGGAGAGCUGAAGACUCAGUGGAUAUUAGAUCCGCCACCAGAUGUGGACAAACCGGCCACCAAACAGAAAAGAGUAGUAAUUCCCGCAGAAUUAGGCUAUUAUUGUGACAACAGAGCGAUUGGUAACUAUUUUUUAGAAACUAAUGAAACAAUUCCCUGGAAAUAAAUCUAAUG